GAACAUGUUUAAUGAGCGGUUACUGCGUUGUACGGGCGGGAAAAAAAGUGUAUUGAGAAAAUGUCACAUUGUCUAUGACAAUGGCCGUUCACAAUUGUUGUCGAACUUUUUUAUUCAACAUUGCCAGCAUUAGAUUGCUUCCAGUAGACACCAGCCUAUCAAAUUGAUCGGUCGUUGUAACUAGCGAAUAAUUUAGCGAAUUGGUUUUCUCUAAAAAUGCCCUGACGUGAAACAGCUUAAGUGUGGUUUUUAAUUUUUUAUUUUUAUUUUAAGAAGUGAUAUUACAUUAAUAAUUAAAAUGCGUAGACACAAUAUUUAUUACGAUCCACCGUGUUCAGAUGAGGAAGAGGAAUUUUUUUAUAGUGCUCGUUAUUAUCAUAAUCUAAGACGCGAAUCGAAAAUGGCCAUUUUUGGAAAAUCUUUUCACUCGGUGACGGACAAGAGAUCCCACAAUAAUGUAUGUGGGGAGAACAGUCUCACAAUUGUCUCGGAGAAUAAGAUAGAAGACGACUCGUCAGACUCUUCUAGCGGAAAGAAUGUUGAAAUAGAAGAUAAAUCGCCGCCAUUAGUGGAGACACCUUUAGAGCCAAUAGACGAAGGUCACGCUGCACAGUGUUCAUGCCCCAACUGCGAUGAAUUUCUAUCUAGAUUCUCAGAAUGCAGUAUUUGCUUGGAGCCCUUGCAGUGUUGCGGUCCUUGCGUUUGCCCAUCAUGCGGCGGUGUAUGGUGCACGAAGUGUUCCCGUCGCAUUACCCGAUGUGCAUGGUGCCGUGGUUCCCUCCGAGCACCCGCUACACCAUGCCUAGCACUACAGCGGUUGAUCAAUGAUCUCAUGCUGCCAUGUCGGAAUUACAGACGAGGCUGUACAGAACUGCUCACAGCUGACACCAGAUCGAAGCACGAGGAAGAUUGUAAAUUCGAUACCAUGAUGUGUCCUAUAACAGCAAAUUGCUGUUCUAUUCCAUUCGAAGAGUUGUCAGCACAUAUUCAGUCAACACACAACGUCAUCGCCGUAUACUCUCAGAAGAUAAAAAUCCUUAUAGAAAAUUUUCAGACCAAGCUCAAGAAAACAGCUUGCUGUAGAACUAAAUACAGAAUUAUUCUGCUCCUUCACAAAAGCGCAUUUAUUAUUAAAGUCUGCAUAUACAACUAUCAGGUCAGAGUUGAAGUGAUGAGAAGGAAACUAGGAUAUAUAGCAGAUCAGAAAACGGAAUCGAAGAAAAGUGAAUACUGUGCACUAAUAGAGUUCCAGAGCAAAGCGAUACGCACUAAGUCAAUUAUAUUAAUAGAAAACGAUACAUUUGGUAAAAAAGCCGAUGUUCAGUGGAACAAUAUUAUAAAAUCAGAAAAUGAAGAAUCUAUAACAAUCCAUGUGAGUAUCGCAAAGUCCGAUACAGAAUCUUCGAGAAGGGAUUACGCCGGAUCGUAAGAUGUUUUGUGAUAUUUUAGAAGCUGUUGAAGGAAAUUGUGAUCUUGCAAAUAAGACUGAAUUUCCAAAGACAACUAGUACAGUUUGAUAAUCGUGAGAGGUGCUUUCACUUGCAGUACUAUGUUGUGAAAUGAAAAUAUUACGACAACUAAUACCAACAAUUGUAUUUGAUGCGAAUAUUAGAAAUAAUUGUGACCAAACGUGACUGAUGUAGUCUUAAGUAAUUCCUAAGUUACAUUAAAUGUAUUUCACUGGAAGUAAAAAUAUAAAUAGUAAUAUUUUUUUUA